ACUAUCUGUUUGCACCCUGUACGGAGCGUGUGUGUUUGAUUUGUGAGAGGUGUCUUUCUGCACGGCGCGGCCUUCGUAUAAGCUCGUUAGCUAGCCAGAGCGCUAACCGCUAUCCCUGUCUGCCCUGGAAUGAGAAUAACGCGCGUGUGUUUGUCAAGUGCUGGGAAUUGUUAACUUUGCAGCGUUAUCCGACUGUAGAAAUCCAGUAAAAGCUUGUGCAUGUAGAUUUACAGAGAUGUGAUCAUACCGCUAGCUUAGCAAGCUGCAUGUGAAGGGGGCGGGACUGUGGCUGUCGGUGCUUUCUUCAAGUGUCCAGAUUGUGUUACCUUUACAAUGGGUAAACAUUAUAAAACGGUGUUUAUGUGCCAUGUGUGCAGCUGCCGCUAUUCUGAGCGCCACAAUUGCCCUGUAUUGAAAUCUAACACUGCAGUAAUGGGUUUAAAAGGCUGGACAGAAAUUUCAGACAUCAACAUUGUUAUUGUUAAAAACUUUCGUGCAAUGCAGAGCAGUGCAUGCUUGUAUUUGUUGUUCCUCAAUAGGAAACAUAAUUUAACAUGACAGUUUUUCUUUGGUUGCAUUAUAGGAGAAUGGCUGCCGCUGAGGUGAACGGUAGUUCUGCCCCGGCAAAGGAGGAGGAAGAGCCCAUGGAUGUGACAACAACACACACAGAGAACUACCAGACGCUCAUUGAUGCCGGGCUGCCCCAGAAGGUGGCUGAAAGUCUAGAUAACAUCUUCCAGACAGGCUUGGUGGCAUAUGUCGACCUGGACGAAAGGGCUAUUGAUGCACUGCGGGAGUUCAAUGAGGAGGGAGCGCUCACUGUGCUGCAGCAGUUCAAAGAGAGUGACCUGUCCCACGUACAGAACAAAAGUGCUUUCCUUUGUGGAGUCAUGAAGACCUACAGACAGAGAGAAAAACAAGGAAGUAAAGUACAAGAGUCCACCAAGGGCCCAGAUGAGGCUAAAAUAAAGGCUCUAUUGGAGAGGACAGGUUACACCCUGGACGUCACUACAGGGCAGAGGAAAUAUGGAGGCCCCCCACCUGAGGACGUGUUCAAAGGAACACAGCCAGGGAUUGGAACUGAGGUGUUUGUUGGCAAAAUCCCAAGGGAUCUGUAUGAAGAUGAGCUGGUGCCACUCUUUGAGUCUGCUGGUCCCAUAUGGGACCUCAGGCUAAUGAUGGACCCUCUGUCUGGUCAGAACAGAGGUUAUGCCUUCAUCACAUACUGCAAUAAGGAUGAUGCACAAAAGGCUGUGAAGCUUUGUGAUAACCAUGAAAUCCGCCCUGGCAAGUACUUGGGAGUGUGUAUAUCUGUUGCAAACAAUCGCCUGUUUGUCGGAUCAAUUCCAAAGAACAAGACAAGAGAAAGUAUAUUGGAAGACUUCGGCAAAGUCACAGAGGGUCUCCAGGAGGUGAUAUUGUACCAUCAGCCAGAUGACAAGAAGAAGAACCGUGGCUUCUGUUUUCUGGAGUACGAAGACCACAAGUCUGCAGCACAGGCUCGCCGCCGCCUAAUGAGUGGCAAGGUCAAGGUGUGGGGGAACCCAGUCACUGUGGAGUGGGCUGACCCUGUUGCCGAACCAGAUCCAGAGGUCAUGGCCAAGGUGAAGGUGCUCUUUGUAAGGAAGCUGGCCACAGCAGUGACUGAAGAGCUCCUUGAGAAGACCUUCUCUCAGUUUGGGAAGCUGGAGCGAGUGAAGAAAUUGAAAGACUACGCUUUUGUCCACUUUGAAGAAAGGGAUGCUGCGGUGAAGGCAAUGGAUGAAAUGAACGGGAAGGAGCUAGGAGGAGAGGAAAUUGAGAUCGUCCUGGCAAAGCCCCCAGACAAGAAGAGGAAAGAGCGCCAAGCAGCUCGGCAGACCACUAGGAAUGCAGGGUAUGAUGACUACUACUACUACCCACCUCCACGCAUGCCGCCACCAGGCAGAGGCAGGGGUCGUGGUGGCCGAGGGGGCUAUGCCUAUCCACCAGAUUACUAUGGCUAUGAGGACUACUAUGAUGACUACUAUGGCUACGAUUAUCAUGACUACCGUGGUGGCUAUGAAGACCCUUACUACGGCUAUGAAGAUGUGUACAGCAUGAGGGGCCGUGGCACUCGUCCCAGCAGGGGAGGGCCUCCUCCUCCUCGGGCUCGCGGAGCUCCACCGGCACGAGGCCGGGGUGGCUACGCCCAAAGAGGGCCGCCCCUUGGAGGUCCGAGGGGUGGCCGAGGAGGCCGGGGAGCCCCUUUCCAGCCUCAGAGGGGCCGUGGUCCUCGCGGGGCCCGGGGCAAUCGCGGCGGGAACGUCGGCGGAAAGAGGAAGGCAGACGUGUUUAACCAGCCUGACUCCAAGCGCCGCCAGACCAACAACCAACAGAACUGGGGGUCCCAGCCCAUCGCCCAGCAGCCCCUGCAGCAAGGGGCCGACUAUUCCGGUAACUAUGGUUACAGUAAUGACACCAUGGAGUUUUCACAGGAUUCUUAUGGGCAGCAGUGGAAGUAGAUGCACCCAAAGGUAUUUGGCAAAGUGACAACAAAAAAAGAGAAAAACAACAACAAAAAGAAAAAAAAAACAGGAGAUUGGCCACAAUUUUUUGAUUGACUUUUUAUUCUUCAUCCCUCGAGAAAAAAAAAAUCUGUACAUAUAUCUCAGAAAAAACGGACAGGCCCCAGAAUUGGCUCGAGAUGAUUGGCUGGAAAGCCUUUUGGCUGAAGAAAUGAGCGUAACCGUUGUGGUGAAUCAUUUCUUACUCCUACGGUUACAUUGGGACAUGUGUCUUUAAAAAACACAAAAAAAACACUUUUAUUGUUACUUUUUGUUCCUGUUUGUUUUAAAGCCAACAAUGAACAUUUACAAAAAAAUGGACAUUCAUUCUCAAAAGUCUGAGAGGACAUUAAAUAAUGAAUAUUGCCUUGCAGGAAGUUUUUGUCCAUGCCCCCCUCCUCCCCUCUCCUUCUUGUACUCUCUUUAUUUGUGGUUUCUCAUAGUUGCUUAGGGACUUGCUUGUAAAUAAAUGCAUAUGGUUAGAGCUUCAUACUUCAUUUUUUGCAAUGGUGGAGAAAAGAAUCCACAGGAAGGAAGAAAAUCAAAGUUUUGUAAUGUUCAAAGUGUAUGCCUAGCAUUUCUAGAGAUAGACAAAUUGUGUUUUUUUAAAACUGAUACCAUAACUUCCUAUGUUUUCUUUAAACUUGCCCGGUAGAAUUUGGUUUGGCCUACCUUAAGAGCCAUAGCAGUUUGUUCUCUGAUGUUCUUUGUAUUUAUAACUUUUACGUUUGUUCCGUUUCAAUAAAACUCAGCUGAGCAUCAGUCAAUUGUCAGAUACUCAAA